UGAUAGGCCAUGACCUCGGCCGUCGAUCGUGAUUUUCAUUCAUAAGAUUUACCAGUUUAAUGUACUCCAUAGCGCGGCAGACAACACGGAACUAACACAGCAGAUCACAAAGCACGGCUGCAAUGGAUCGUUCAUACAACUGACAGUUGCUGAACAAGACUUCAAAAUGACUUCUACCGAGACGUUUGGUCUUUUCCUUUUACCUUUGACUACAAACAAAGGCCACAUCAAUGAGAUAUUGGCUAAGCGUGUAAUGGCAAUACGAACCCGCUACUUGGAGCUCAAGAAAGAACGACCGGAGCGACAUGCCAUCAGAAACCUCCUCGGGGUCCUCGCGUUUCGUCUCGGUCAGUUGGAAAAAGCUUUAGAGCACCUGAACAAAAUUCUCUCAGACGGUGAGGACCCCAAUAAUCUGAAUGCUUUAGCCAACAAGAAGUACGUGUGCGAGAAGUUGUUCAUGUUUCCAGAGGCCCAGCAAUGCGAGCAGAGGAUUAGCGAGCUACUACAAGAUGAUGAGGGAGGUUCAAGCGGUCGAUGCAGAAAGCUGAGGGCUCGUAGCUUGGCAGAGCAGGCCUUCGCAUAUUCCUUUGAACCGUUCGAAGAGUCGGUGACCUUCCAACGAUACAGUAAAUCAGUCGCUCUGUACCAGGAAGCAACCGAGCUUGCCGGAGACGUCAUCAGUCAAGACGAGAAGGAGGACUGGCUGUUCGCCUCGGGGAUGGCUUCGUACACGAUAUACACCAGAAUUCGAAGAGGAGGAUCGCGACAGGAGGACUCCAAAGCUCGCUUCCAACAAGCAGUCGACAAGUUUGUUCAGAUAGUGCAGACAAGCGAAGACAAUAUUCUACUCAGUGACAGCUGGAGACAUCUAGGAGAACUAUUCGAGAAAUAUCGCGAUCAUGCCCAUGCACACCUUCCUGUGGUUCCCGACAAUUUUCAAAUGUAUGUUCGCUGUCCUAAAAAGUGUUUUCAAGAGGCUUUGGCCGCCUCGCCAGACAACCCCCGAAUAAUUGCCAGAUAUGCGGAUUACUUACAAGGAAACUCGCCGUCCAAGGCAUUGGACUUACUAAAUCACUCGAUCGAAAAGGACCCGACUGUGUUUAACAUUCGAGCCUACUACAUCAGAGCAAGAAUUUGCAUGGGUCAGUACAAGCAAAAAGGGGAAAGGUCGUUACUUGAGAAAGCAGAAAAGGAUCUAGAAGUCACUUUUCAAUAUUCACACACACCGUGGCAUCUUGAAUUAAUGGCCGAAGUGUUUUAUUUGAAGGCCAAGGAUCCACAUUUUACCGAAAGUCCAUUGGACGUACAGAACAACUUGCAAAAAGCACUUAUUUUUUGCGCCAAAGCUGUUGCAUGUCAGGAUGGUCAGAACCGCCCGGACGUUCACAAACUCCGCGGAGAAUGCCUCUGCGCCUUAGGUCAGCACAGGGUGGCACUAGGGUGCUUCAAGCGGGCCGUGGAGUGCGAAUCGGCAGCCAGAUUGUAUCGUGGAAGCGCGGAUAGUCUUGCUCUUGAAUACGAACACAUCCUACGAUCCACCCCAUCACCUAUACCACCUGACUCGCCAUUGCUUGCUGAUAUGGUCUACUGGCUCCACCAAGCUGCUCAGCUAUGUCUGUCUAACCAUAAGACACUCAAGUCUCUUUCGAAACUACAAGAGCUUCCUCGGCAUUGGAUACGUUUCGUCAUGUACUGUCAUGACAACAAGCACAUCCAGAAAUACGAAUCGAUAAAAUUAGCAGCCUCGAAUCAAGACAAGAGUAACAGACGACAUCGCAGUUUACAAAGACAAAUGUCAUGCCUCGACCUCACUGAAGACUUGAACCUACAAGGAUUGUCCAUGAAAAACCGUCGUAAAAGCUUCCCCGGUACGGGGGAUAGUCAAGCCCAAUUAAGGUGCAACUCCAAAGCACCUGCUGAGGAUAACCGUCAAUUACGGGUUGCGUCAGCUCCCUCGUCUCAAGAGGAGUCAUCGAGUGGCAGAGAAGCUACUGCAGCAGAUCGCGACGGGACUACAUCCAUGUCUAAUGAUUCUGUACAUGUCGACCUAACAGACAUGUUGCCCUCAUCAGUAGAGUCGGGUGAUGAUGCGAAAGAAUCGGACACCUUUACACUAACAUUCGCUAGGAAUCGUAAAACUGGAAAAAUAGAACGCAUCAUUACAUCACCCUCUCCUCCGGACACGACAACCGACGACGUCUCAAGCAAACAUGUCUCGCCACCACCCGAAAGACCGCUGAAUCAGAAACUACCGUACGAUUUCUUCGUGAUAUACGCUGACACCGCAGAGGAAUGGGUUCUGCACCACUUGAUCCAAGAAUUAGAAGAUAGUGGCCUAAAAGGAUGUUUCAGGGACCGCGACUUUCCUCUCGGCAGGUACAAAUUAGCCGUUUACCCGGAAUUCAUCCAAAGCAGUGUCUGUACCAUCAUAGUGAUAACCGCAGACUUCGAGAAGUCCAAAGAUCAAUAUAGUGCCAUGGCGAUGGCCUUAGAACUUGAAACACCGGUGAUUCCGCUGUUAAGGGAUAAAAUGGACAUGCCUAUUGCUCUCAGAGGACGAACACAUCUCAAAGCUUAUGGUGCUGUGGACUGGGCCUGGUUACAGAGAGACAUCGAACAAAAAGUUACAGAGGUGAAUAGCGAUGCCACUUGAAGUGAGUGAUAUUCACCAAAAAUCCAGCACUAACAAAAUCUUGAGACCAAACCUCAUUUCUAUGCUAUACUCAGAAACGAACAUCAGUGCAUUAGAGGCCUUAAGGCGAUACUAAAAUGCUAAAAUUUACAACAGUCAAAUUAUUCAAGUUUUUAUAAGUACAUGUAUAUGUUUGUUUACAGAGGAAUAGCCAAAGGUGUCAUGUGAUUCAGCUCUAUUAACGUUGCUAUAAGCGUAAUUAAACACUGUUUACAAAAAUACCAAACUAUAGCACAUUUCACUCAAAACUGAGUAUGGUACAAAGUCUAUCAAUUUGGGAAAUCGAUCCUGCAUCCCGGAUGAUGAAGUGACCAAAGAUCAUUCAGCUGAACAUGAAUUUUUAUUUGAUGCACAAAAGCAAUUUAUUGUGCAAAGGACUGUAAAACAUUACAUUCCUUAUAUCCACAAACACCAAGUUAAGUGCACAACCAUUCAAAACCUGGAAAAAAUUAAAAGUUUCAUGACCGAA